AUGGCGGCCCAAACGAGCACCGCCGCCGAACCGGCCCUUCCGCACCGGCCGCCUCCUCCCGGUGUCACCUUGGACGACGAGAUCAAGGACGACGAUACCAAGGAAGAAGUGACCAAAGAUGACAUCGCCGAGCGCUCCCUCUAUCCCGACCACGACGACGUCCAGGCCGUCCUGCAGCCCGCCAUGAGCCGCGCCGCCAGCCACCUCACCUCCAUCCACACGCCCGCCGUCGAAAAGGUCGCCGCCAUGGAGCGCAUGACGGGCUUCUUUGACGGCAGUCCCGUACUGCCGGUCCCCGAGGACUCCAACGACGACGAUGACUCCGAGGAGGCCGCGACGCCAAAGACAACAGACCGGAAAGAUGCCUCGUCAACCUCCUCCUCCAUACCCAGGCCGUUCAACCCCCAGGAUGUGUACAAGAGCGCAGCCCCCGCGCGGACGCCGCAAACAAAAGGUGCUCUCGGCAGCGCAUUGGCGUCGACCCGCCACCGCCGCGCCGGUUCGGCCGGCCAAGACGCCCUGAAGCGCUUCCAAAAGGCGCUCCCGUCCUUUGGCUCUCCGUCUAGCUUCCUGCCGUCGCUGCCGACAAAGUACUUCAACAACCUGGCUGACUCGAUGCCCAGCAUCCCCAGCAUCAGCAUCGGCCACCACACCAAAAACUCCAAGUCCGAGGCGGACGCCCGACGACGGCUGCGCGCCCACACCGCUACCAUGCCCGCCAUGCACUCGGCGUCCCGCGAGGGCUCCGGCCCGGCGACGCAGACGUUCUCGCCAGCGCGAAGACCGGGUUCCCUCCGGCGCACCACGUCCGACGAGAGCAUCCUGUACCACACCCUCUCCCGGCAGUCGUCCCUCGGCGACGACGACCGCUUCCAGGACGUGCGCGAGAUGGUCAACAUGCGACUGCUAGCAUUCAAGGACAGCCUGCCGGACGUGCCCAACUUCAAGAUUCCGUCGCUGGCCAAGCUGCAGGCCACCGCGCGCCGCUCGCAGCAGUCCCUCAACGGCAUCUUCUCCAACGACUCCAGCAACGCCGAUAGCCAGACUCGCGAUGCUGCCGAGUCGUCUAGCCCGGACCGGGAAACUAAGCAGCACCCGGCGCCCAAGGAUGACGACCUCGGCGACGUGCUGCGGGACCUCGUCGGCGACAUCGUCAUCCUCGGCGGGUACCGUGGUUCCGUCCUGCGCUCCGCCGACCCGCCGCACCACCAGCUGUGGGCGCCCGUCAAGCUCGGCCUUGGCCUGCGCAAGGCCGACCUCGAGGUCGGCCUCGACGACGCCGACGAGGAGUCCAUGCCCACACGCAUCAUCCCCUCGGGCAUGCUCAAGAACAUUGGCCCCAUCGACGUCUCCCGCAAGCUCUUCCGCAAGCUGCAAGCCUCGCCCAACGCCCAGGCCGGCCGCCUGCGCGUCUGGGACUUUGGCUACGACUGGCGCCUGAGCCCGCGGCGGCUGUCCAGCCACCUCCAGGAGUUCCUCGCCAAGCUUCCGUCGAACCAGGCGGGCUCGCCGAACCGCGGCGCGCUGGUCAUCGCGCACAGCCUCGGCGGGCUCAUCACCCGGCACGCGGUCAACGCGCGGCCGGAGCUCUUCUCCGGCGUGCUGUACGCGGGCGUGCCGCACCAGUGCAUGAACAUCCUCGGCCCGCUGCGCAACGGCGACGCGGUGCUGUUCAACGAGAAGCUGCUGACGGCGCGCGUCAACUUCUCCAUCCGCACCAGCUUCGCCCUGCUGCCCGAGGACUCGUUCUGCUUCGUCGACAAGCACACGGGCGAGCCGUACCCUGUCGACUUCCUGGACCCGAUGAGCUGGGUGCGCCACCGUCUGAGCCCCUGCCUGGAGGCGCCGCUGCCGCCGCUGAGCGGCAAGUCGUCGUUGUCGUCGCCGUCGCUGGCCUCGUUUCUGCCGCACUCGUUCCUGCGCCCGCGGGGCGACAGCAAGGCCGCCACCGGUGAUCGCAAGGAAAACGAGGUGGACCCCAUGGUGCCGUCCAUGACCACCGGAGCCUCGCCGCCCGCGCCAGCGCCGCCCGCCUCCUCCGCGUCUCUCGUCGACAUCACCGAGGAGGCGUGGCUGGCGUCGGCGGACGACGAGCGCCGCCGCAACUACGCGUACCUGAAGCGGACGCUCGCCGAGACGCGGCUGUUCCGGGCGGAGAUGCGGCACUCGCCCGCGCACCAGGCGGCCGACGCGUACCCGCCGCUGGCGGUGCUCUACGGCAAGACGAUCCCGACGGUGUGCGCGGCGGGCGUGGACGGCGUGGCCGGCAUCGCGCGCUCCGACGCCUACGACGACCUCGCGUUCCGGUCGGGCGACGGCGUGGCGCUCGCGCGCGAGUCCAUGCUGCCGCCGGGGUACGCGCUGGUGCGCGGCGGCCGGGUCAGCACGGAGAGGGGCCACAUCACGCUGCUCAGCGACAUGCCGGCGCUGGCGAGGGCGCUGAGGGCGCUGGCCAGGGGCAGGGGGAAGGGGAUCGGCCUGGGUGGGGGUGCGUCGCGGCGGAAGCGGGAGGAGGAGUCGUCGGACUAA